CGAAACAGGUGAGAGAAUGAAAAAAAGGACGAAUAAUGGAGAUGGCCCAGGGUCUGAGGCUCCUGCUCCUCUGUGUCUCCCUCUCUCCAGGGCUGACACUGAGGUGUAACUUUUGCACUGGAUUACCAUAUGACUGCAAGGAGUCUACCCAGCUCUGCACCCUGGACCAGACCAGCUGUAUGUCACAGGCAUUCACAGUUGUAGAGGGUGGGAACAUCACAGAGUGGACAUAUAAAGGCUGCUCACAAGGACUUGUAUGCAAUCAGUCAGUGUACACGGAUCUGAGUUACAAGCAGACCUAUGUCAGUUCACAGUGUUGCAUUUCGGACUUUUGCAACACUGGCACCUACUAUGCGCAAGUCCCCGUUUCGGGUCUAAGCUGCUCGAUCUGUCAGGGCAACAGUGCGUCCUGUGCUGCAUCCAACCUGGCGUCGCUCCGAUGCGCUGGAGUACAAGACCGUUGUAUGACUAUCAAGACCCUGUAUGUCAAUGUUUCCAUUUCAGAUGUUGUGUUUAAAGGUUGUGGAAAAAGUAACCUAUGCGAAAGGCAGCUGGAGUAUAAUGCCGGCGGUGCCAGAGUUUACACACAGGUGUCGUGUUGUGGGUCCAACAACUGCAACCAAGGCGUACAGUCAGUGACAGUGAAUAAUUCGCUAAACGGAGUCCAGUGCUACGCGUGCAACGAAACUGGCAAAGGAGAGUGCACCACCCCCACCAACACCAUCGUCAGCUGCACUGGAAACAUGAACAGAUGCCUGGAUGUAGUAGGGUUUCCCCGGGGGAACACUCUGCUGCGGGGCUGCUGCUCUAAGGACGUAUGUUGGGGUCUUUCGGCUUCUUUGUCUAUACAAGCCAGCCAAAAACUGUACUGCUGCCAAGGGAACCUGUGUAAUAAUGGAAAAAUUACAUCAUAUUUCAGCUCUGGGUCCACUACUGCACAUAACGGGCUCCUCAUAGGCGGAGCUAUACUAGUACUUAUCAAGGGAUUAUGGACAAUGCAAUGAUUCGAGCCCCUUGGUGUGUCGUAUACCGCAACACUAUGAAACCUUUUGAGUCUACCAUAUACAAAAUAUGACAUAUUGUGAUCAAUGUCAAUCAAUAUGGUUUUGGUCUGAUUUCUGCUAGACCC